AUGAAGUAAACAUCAUUUGUGAUAGCCAUCUUCGCACUCUUAUUAGUAUUUGCGUAAGCAAAAAGACAUCAUGUAAAAUCAUCUGAUAAAUAAUAGUAUUUGAAAGAGAGUGCAAAUUAAGAUGAUAUAGCCAGAUAAAUAUUUAAAGGAAUAGCUAAAUCCUUUAAUGUAGAGCUAAGCUUAAGCAAUUACUAAUCAAUUACUUAUGAAAACUUGUAAAUAGACAAUCUUGAAAAAGCUUUAAAUAAUUUUGGAGCUGUUUAAAUCGAUUAAAGCUAUCUGAAAGAAACAAUUAAAAGUAUUCAAGAUAUUUUCAUCAAAUUUAGAAAUGCCAUUCCUCAAACUGAAUAGACUGAUAAAAUAAUAAAUUCCUUUUUAAGAGUGUUUGCUGAUGAAUAAACAUUUAAUUCAAUUAAAAUUAAACUCUAUGAAGACAAGGGUAUUGAUUGCUAACUUUAUUUGUGGGGAGCUCUUGAUUACAUUAUAUUUGACAAAUACCAAGUUGUAGGUGAGACUUUGGGCAGAGUGAUUUAUCUAAUGAAUUAAUAUAUUGAAUGA